UUUCUGGAAGCGCCGUGGAGCCGAAUGUCCGGGCGAGGAAACACUCAGCGACGGCGGGGGAGAGUAGCGUAGCUCCUGUAGGAACCGACAGAGAGCGGGGCUCCUGGUUGACGUCUCGAUCACGGUUCCACCGCAGGGAGACGGCGCGUGACUGCUUGUACUCGCCGAGAGUCCGAUUGUUUUCGGCUGGUCCGCGAUGUGCAGAUCACCUGGUUGCACUGGAGCCUGACGCCUGCUGGGUCCGUCUCACUCCCGAGGAACUGAGCACACGACCCGGAGCAGAAUAGCAGCCCUCGGCGCCGCCGACCUGUGCUAUUCAGCGGUCGUUUGGCUCCCGAGUGCGACACGGGAGCACUUGCGAAGGUGCGGCCGAAGAAGUGGACUCUGGAACUGGAUUACUGAACCGACGGAGACCCGCGAGGCAGCGGCGGAGCAGCGGUUUUUUUUUGGGGGGGGGGUACCGGGGGUGUUCCAAAGCGCCUGGGAUUAGGAGGCUGUCACCUGGAACUAUUCACCGAGUUCACCGGCGAUUCAAGUGCAUUUUUGUCCGCAUUAAGGAGAAUACCACGAUCAGGUUUGGGUCGCACAUUUUGGGGGAUAAUUCCCCGAGAAUUGGGGUCGGACCAUGGCGGACGACGACAUUCUCUUUGAAGAUGUUUAUGAGCUCUGUGAGAUCAUUGGCAAGGGUCCGUUCAGCGUGGUGAGAAGAUGCAUCAACAGAGAGACAGGGCAGCAGUUUGCUGUCAAGAUAGUGGACGUGGCCCAGUUCACCUCCAGUCCCGGGCUCAGCACAGAAGAUCUGAAGAGGGAAGCCAGCAUCUGCCACAUGCUGAAGCAUCCUCACAUCGUGGAGCUGCUGGAGACGUACAGCUCUGACGGGAUGCUCUACAUGGUCUUUGAAUUCAUGGACGGAGCAGACUUGUGUUUUGAGAUCGUGAAGCGAGCAGAUGCUGGAUUCGUCUACAGUGAAGCUGUCGCCAGUCACUACAUGAGGCAGAUCCUGGAGGCGCUACGUUAUUGCCACGACAACAACGUCAUACACAGAGACGUAAAGCCUCACUGUGUGCUGCUGGCAUCCAAAGAAAACUCCGCUCCAGUCAAGUUGGGAGGCUUUGGAGUCGCGAUCCAGCUCGGGGAGUCCGGACUGGUGGCAGGAGGUCGUGUCGGGACGCCACACUUCAUGGCUCCUGAAGUGGUGAAGAGAGAACCGUACGGUAAACCCGUGGACGUGUGGGGCUGCGGCGUCAUCCUCUUCAUCCUCCUCUCAGGCUGUCUGCCUUUCUACGGCACCAAAGAGCGACUGUUUGAAGCCAUCUGCAAGGGCAAAUACAAGUUAAAUCCCCGUCAGUGGGCCCAGAUCUCUGAGAGUGCGAAGGACCUGGUGAGGCGCAUGUUGAUGCUGGACCCUGCGGAGCGGAUCACCGUCUACGAGGCGCUUAACCACCCUUGGCUGAAGGAGAGGGACCGCUAUGCCUACAAGAUCCACCUGCCAGAGACGGUGGAGCAGCUGAGGAAGUUCAACGCCAGGCGGAAGCUCAAGGGCGCAGUACUGGCUGCAGUGUCAAGCCACAAGUUUAAUUCCUUCUAUGGAGACCCUCCUGAGGAAGUUCACGACUUCUCGGACGAUCCCACCUCCUCAGGGCUUCUAGCAGCAGAACGAGCGGUGUCUCAGGUGUUGGACAGUCUUGAGGAGAUUCACGCUCUGACUGACUGCAGUGAGAAGGAUCUGGACUUCCUACACAGUGUUUUCCAGGACCAGCAUCUACACACGCUCCUCGAUCUCUACGACAAGAUCAACACCAAGUCGUCUCCACAGAUCCGCAACGCUCCCAGUGAUGCUGUGCAGCGAGCCAAAGAGCGUCCCUUCCAAGAAGAUGCCGGUGACGCUUUGAAACACCUGGAAUAUGUCCUGGAGGAGAUUUCCUGCUACUCAGAGAACCACGAAGCUAAAGAACUCAGGAGGAUACUGACCCAACCACAUUUCAUGGCGCUGCUGCAGGCCCACGACGUGGUGGCUCACGAGGUUUACAGCGACGAGGCCCUGAGAGUGACCCCUCCUCCCACGUCGCCCUACCUGAACGGAGACUCGCCGGAAAGCACCAACGGAGACAUGGACCUGGAGAACGUCACCCGGGUCCGCCUGGUUCAGUUCCAGAAGAAUACGGACGAGCCAAUGGGCAUCACGCUGAAGAUGAACGACUCCAACCACUGCAUCGUGGCGCGGAUCAUGCACGGCGGCAUGAUCCACAGACAGGGAACGCUGCACGUGGGAGAUGAAAUCCGGGAGAUCAACGGCAUCAGCGUGGCCAACCAGACCGUGGAGCAGCUGCAGAAGAUGCUGAGAGAGAUGAGAGGGAGCAUCACCUUUAAGAUAGUGCCAAGUUACAGAUCACAGGGCUCCUCGUGUGAGAGAGAAUCCCCCAACACCUCCAGGCAGUCCCCUGCCAAUGGGCACUCCAGCAUUAACAGUUCUAUCUUGGACCUGCCGUCCACCAUCCAGCCCAAAGGCAGACAGAUUGAGUCCAGACCUCCAAUCAAGGAUAAAAUGUCAGUGAAGAUCUACGUGAGGGCUCAGUUCGAGUACGACCCAUCCAAAGACGAGCUCAUCCCCUGCAAGGAGGCCGGGAUCCGCUUCCGCGUGGGCGACAUCAUCCAGAUCAUCUCCAAGGACGACCACAACUGGUGGCAAGGCAAGCUGGAGAACACCAAGAACGCCACGGCGGGACUCAUCCCUUCACCCGAGCUGCAGGAGUGGAGGGUGGCGUGCAUCGCCAUGGAGAAGACCAAGCAGGAGCAACAAGCCAGCUGCACCUGGUUUGGCAAGAAGAAGAAGCAGUAUAAAGACAAGUAUUUGGCCAAGCACAACGCAGUGUUCGACCAACUAGAUCUGGUCACGUAUGAAGAGGUGGUGAAGCUUCCGGCCUUCAAGAGGAAAACACUGGUUCUGUUGGGUGCUCACGGCGUGGGCAGGAGACACAUCAAGAACACCCUGAUCACCAAACACCCGGACAGAUUCGCCUACCCCAUCCCACACACCACCAGGCCUCCCAAGAAGGAUGAGGAGAACGGGAAGAACUACUACUUUGUCUCCCACGACCAGAUGAUGCAGGACAUCAGCAACAACGAGUACCUGGAGUACGGCAGCCACGAAGACGCCAUGUACGGGACCAGACUGGAGACCAUCCGCAAGAUCCACCAGCAGGGCCUGGUGUCCAUCCUGGACGUGGAGCCUCAGGCGCUGAAGGUGCUGCGGACGGCAGAGUACGCCCCCUAUGUAGUAUUUAUCGCCGCUCCCACAAUCACGCCAGGCAUCGACGAGACACCCCGAUGGUGUCGAACGCUGCCAGACGAGUCUCUACAGCGGCUGCAGAAGGAGUCGGAGAUCCUGCAGAAGACCUACGCCCACUACUUCGACCAGACCAUCAUCAACAAUGAAAUCGAUGAAACCAUCCGGCAUCUGGAGGAGGCCAUGGACCUGGUCUGCUCCACCAGCCAGUGGGUGCCGGUCUCGUGGGUCUACUGAGGACUCUCACCGCCCGUUUCCUCCCUCGCUCCACUCCUCUCCCUCCGUCGGUGACGCGGACUAAGAUUUGAAUCAGGUGGAACUCAACCGCAACAUUCCCCCUCAGCAGCCAGUGGGACUUGUGCUCUCUCAGACAACCUAGUCAUAGUGUUGUUGUAUUAAAAAACAAAAAAAAAGAUGAAAACUGAAUAUUGUCAUGUCUGUGCUAGCUCGCUAGGAGGCGACAUUUUCGUAGAUGUUUGAUUUAAAGAGACAGUACAGUCCAUUCAUCUGUGUCGUAAGGAACGUAAGCACACGGACGCUCUGCGGAGAUCAUGACAUCCCUCCUUAUUUAUUCAUCUCUUCUCUCCCCCCAACUGGUUUGCACCCUCUCAUCUCGGCGGGAACCGUCCGGGGACGGCGUGUUUCUUUAGAUGAAAAAUUGAGGUGAUCGUGCAUGUGGACCUUUGCAAGCUUCCACGCUGUCAGUCCGUCAGUGUUCCUCGUGUCGCGCCGAAAACAGUGAAAUAAUUCCCAUAAAGGAGUCGAGACAACAACAGGGACACCUAUGCACAUCCCUCACAUUUCGGGUGACAUUUCUAAUCGACAGAUUUGUACAAGAUCAACGUGUAGUGAGAUGUGUUUGUAAAAACAUAAAUAAAAGUCUUGAUUUUUUUUUUUCUUUUUUUAUUCGCUUUGGUGUUUUAUGUCCGGAAGAGAUUUUCAAACUGAGUCGUCUCACGCCAACCUCUGCCCGUAUCGGUUUUACUGACUGUCAAGAUAAGAAAAAAAUUGCAUUGUUAAAUUGGUUGUGUCAAGAUAAAAAAAAAAUAAUAAUAAAGUCACGAUAGCUAAAAUGAAUUAUCGUGAGAA